AUGCCUGGUUUUCGUUUCGCUUAUUUUGGAUUAUAAUUCCUGAAGUUCCUACUACUGUUUUUAAUACAACAAUGUUGCUUUUAAGUCUUCAGCAGCGUUUAACCUUAUUUGGACCGUGAAGACGUGACUGUUUUGUAACACAUAGAUCAGAGUCAGACAUGGUACGUAAUGUUUCAAUUUCAAUUCUCAGCUCGCAAGUCUGAAAAGUUCUUUAGGGCUGUGGGAAGAUAUGAUAACGAAAACAUCAAAAUUAAGUGCGUCGUUGAAAACUUUCAUCCAAUGUAUUGGUGGAUUCUUGGAAGCAUUUCAAAAAAUUGCAGAUUGUGCUUACAGUAGUAAUUGUGGUCUAAGAGAACUUGGCAGUUCAAUGACUCGCUUCUGUUUACGUGAACGUGGACUAGAGUCCAGGCUGCGUACAUUUAAUAGAGAAUGUUUUUAUUUUUUCUUUAUGCGUUUUUUAAUUUGUUUAAUUUGGAAUGAUAAUUCAUUUGUAUAUAUUAAACUUUAG